CUCGUCCGCAUACUACCUGUUAUAUAUUCGUCGCUACUGAAUUGAGAAUAAACUCAAACAAACUGAACUGAAUCCUAGUACUGACGCAUGAGGCACGCCGCUAGCUGCCUCAUACAAAGACGUUUCGCAAGUUAUUCUAAGAUAACAUAACCUGUCAAUAAGAUAGCACCGUAAAAGUAUGGCAGCUGGAAAUUUUAUAGCAGAAUGCGUUAACUUGAGCAGAAGCAUGAAUUGAGAAUGUCAAAAGCUUACACUGAAUCACAGUGAAAGAUACCAACUUGCAUUGUUUUAUGUACCGGCGGGUCUUGAAACUUGCGAGAGAUUUCGUAAACUGCGAGUGAAAUGGCAAAAUAAAGGAAGUGUCUAAUUUUCCUUUGUGCCUCUUUAUUGGUAACCUACGCGUUGAUAAUCAUUUCUCGGUCAGAUCUUCGUGAUGUAUUCCAAACAGUCCAACGUUUUCUUUCAGACGCCCCAAAACUUGAGUGCUAUUUAAUAUUCGUGAAUUUUUAGAGGUAAUAUUACAUGCUCUAAUAAGGCGUCUGCUAUUAUAUUACAGAUAAGUCAUUUUUGUAAAGGCAAGAAUGGAAGCCACCCGCACAACCGUUUUGCACCGAACAUGCAUAACAAGAUGUGCGAUGGUGCUUCAACUUGGGAGGUCAUCAGCAAGAAUGAUGACUUCAAAGAGCUGCCCCCACCCGACAUGUCCAAACUCAUCCAGGUGGAUUUUGAAGAAGUUCAGCAAAAACGUAAAACGAUCCAGCGAAUUGUUUUUGCUCUGGACGUUUCCCGUAGCAUGUCGAGACACAAUCGACUGCAAAUGGUGAAGGAUGCGGUUGUUGGCUUCCUCCUGAGCUUACUCGACGACUCGAUCCGGCUCGCCAUCGUCAAGUUCAGCAGGGUGGCAGAGGUGCAGCACCCGAUGACAACUGUCAAUAAAGCAACCGUGGGAGGCUUUCGCGUUGCUGUGCAUAACAUGUCAACGUCUGGCGGCACCUGUAUUGGUUGCGCUCUGGAGAAGGCUUUUGAGGUGCUGCGUUCUGUUAACGAGACUCCAGAGGGUGCAGUUAUAGUGCUUUUGACCGACGGCUUAGAGAAUGAACACCCCUACAUUGACGACGUCUUGCCGCAACUCUUAGAGGAAAAGGUCGAAGUUCUGGCUAUGGCAAUAGGAGACAAGGCUGAAGACAAGCUUGAGAAGACUGCUUCAGCAACAAAAGGGAAGACCUUCUUUUUUCCAGACAGCCAUGAGAACACGUCGAAGGCCUACAUCGAAGCUACCGAAAGUCAAGAGCACGGGCACACUAGACAGCGUUUGGGGCUGAUCACUCCCAAUGAUACUGCAGAAAGUACCACCAGUGUACCAGUGGCCGACGGCGACGAGACCAUGGGCUUCUAUAAUGACAAAUUCAGCCCACAAGAAGGAGCGCUGAAAGCCAUUCCGGAAAUAUCUGAUCGCGCCUUGAAAAACCAGAUAGGCAAACUGGCUGAUGUAGCAGAACCACAUUCCCUCCAGUCGGCUGACAGCAAGUGCUUCCAGCUCUCCGGAUUCAAUUCGAAGAUCGGCAUCCAAAUGUCGUUGGCAGAUUCAGUGGGAAGCGGCGCAGUCAAACUGAUCACUAUGGGACCAGGCUUUUGA